AUUUCGGUAGAAUUAGGAUAAAUCUUACUAAAAAAAUAUUAAUAUUUACAUCACCCAAAGAACUAAUUAGCUAUAACAUAGUAAUAAGAUGUUAGGUCACUAAAAAAUAAUCUAACCAUUUGUUAUGUUAGCUUACUAAUCUAGUGAAAAUGGUGACCUUAAUUUUAAAAUUUCUUUCAAAAUUGGAAUCAAACAUGCCCAAAAAUUCAUCUUUGCCAUAACUAAUAAAAAAAAUAAAAAUAAAUCCCAAUAUCAUUUCAAUCAUCUUCUUUUUGGGUAUAAUUGAUGACCAUUGUAAUGAUUAGCUACAUGGUCCACAACAUGUUUAACACUUUACUAAAAUCACAAUCCUUAAGCUAAAAGUCAUUCAUCAUUACACAUAAUAAUAGUAAUAAAAAAAAAGUUACUUAAUUAUGGAAGAAGAAUACAAAUGCAAUAACAGAUAAAAAUAAUAAAAGUAAAUUAAAGCAAAAAACACAUUUCUUAUGCUUAAAUCAUUGAUUCAUUGUUCUGUUAACCUAAAAUAGAAACCCAAAGAAAUCGAACGAGACUUACUUCCAUUAACAUACUCCAACUCGGGAAUGACUUGAUAUAUAGCUUACUUUAUAUUGUGGUUGUGAAUGCUCCUAAAUCAUUAACAUAUUGUUUAUGCUUUUAAUAUUUCAUAUACACUACUUGUUAUAUAUAUAGCUAACUUUGAAGUUUGUUUGUUAAUGGUGUAGACAUGGCGAACUCGGAAUCAGGAUCUGAUUCGGGAGCAGAAAAUGAGUGUCCAACCACAAUACCUACACGAGGGCCGACGCAAAUGAAUGAAAUAUCCAAACUAAUGGAUCAGGGCAAAAGAGUGGCCCUCGAAGUUAAUGAUAAAGGUCAAUACUGUGGAAAAAGCUACGCGAAGCUCGUAUCCACUCUGGGAGUCAGAUGUCGGCAGACAAUAGGGUUGGCUUAUAAAAAUUGGAAAGAAGUCAACCAGACUCUGAAAAAUAAAGUUUGGAAAGACAUUCAGACGGGGUUCAUUGUGCCGGACACCUUCAAACAUGAUUGUCUCAUCCUAGCUGGGAAGUUAAUGAAAGACUUCAAGAAUAGGAUGACAAAAGACAUCAUAAUGCCGUGUUGA